ACAUUCUCGGUUAUUUUAUGCCUUUCUCCUGCAUCCACAUUGUUGUCAUCGAAACUCCACUAACUACAUCUUUCCUUCUCCGCCGGUAACCAUGCAAGCUAUCCAAUCUUCAUCUCUCCGGCCAUCUCCGGUCGACCCAUUUCUCAAAACCAUACCCCAAUUCACCAAUGUAAAGCCAUUGAGACCUAAAAGAACCCCUUUUAUCUCAGCUUCAUCCACUACAGUUUCAGCUCCGACAAGGGAAAAAGACCCCAAAAAGCGUGUUGUUAUAACUGGGAUGGGUCUUGUUUCUGUGUUUGGGAAUGAUGUUGAUGCUUAUUAUGAUAAGUUAUUAGCUGGUGAAAGUGGGGUUACUCUAAUUGAUCGAUUUGAUGCUUCGAAAUUUCCUACUAGAUUUGGUGGACAAAUUAGAGGCUUUAAAGCUGAUGGUUAUAUUGAUGGUAAGAAUGAUAGAAGGCUUGAUGAUUGUCUCAGGUAUUGCAUUGUUGCUGGGAAAAAAGCACUGGAAAAUGCGGAUCUUGGUAGCGACAGCGAUAAAAAGAUUGAUAAGGAGCGAGCUGGUGUUUUGGUAGGAACAGGAAUGGGUGGUCUUACAGUUUUUUCAGAUGGCGUCCAAGCCUUAAUUGAAAAGGGUCACAGGAAAAUUACUCCAUUUUUCAUACCAUAUGCCAUAACAAAUAUGGGUUCGGCCUUGCUUGCAAUUGAUGUUGGUUUCAUGGGACCAAACUACUCGAUUUCAACUGCUUGUGCUACCUCCAACUAUUGUUUCUAUGCUGCUGCAAAUCACAUCCGUCGAGGUGAAGCUGAUUUGAUGAUAGCUGGUGGAACUGAAGCUGCCAUAAUUCCUAUUGGGUUGGGAGGUUUUGUGGCAUGCAGAGCUUUGUCUCAAAGAAAUGAUGAUCCACAAACUGCUUCUAGACCGUGGGACAAAGAUAGAGACGGCUUUGUUAUGGGAGAGGGAGCUGGAGUGUUGGUGAUGGAAAGUUUGGAGCAUGCAAUGAAACGAGGAGCACCUAUAAUUGCAGAAUACUUGGGUGGUGCAGUAAAUUGUGAUGCACAUCACAUGACCGACCCCAGAGCUGAUGGACUUGGUGUUUCUUCAUGUAUCCUUAGUAGCCUUGAAGAUGCUGGAGUGUCACCAGAAGAGGUAUUUUUGGUUCUCUUCCUCCACUCAUUUGAUGUUCUACUUUUGUUAUGUCCACUCAAUAGUCAAAGAAAAGCAGUAACUGGGCUGCAGGAAAGAACAAAUUGCUGUAGAUAUAGACAAUAUAUAUUAGGUCAUAUCUGUUGUCCUUCAGGCACUAAAUCCAACAUUUGUACUUCCAUGUUCUCCAUUUCAUGAGCUAUUCAUCAUUAA